UCAAAACACACUUGCAGUUCAUAACUUCCUCCUUCACAGUUCAUUUAGUUCUUGUUUCUCUCUUCUCCAUACACCCCCGACGUCAUACUCCUCCAUCUGCAGCUCACCGGCCUCCAUUAUCAUAAUCUCCCUGCUCUUCCCAUUUCAGUUUCAAUCUCAUCAUCAGCCUCUGCAUUUCUGUAGCUUCAGUUUCUAAACCCUGGAUCUCUCCCUUUCCAUCAUACUUCCUUGAUCAAGACCACAAAAAAAACCAUUCCCAGCAUGUAAUCUUGGCCCUUCCAAACAAUCCCAGAAAACUCAAUCCCAGAAAAACCCAAAAAAAAAGUUUUUUUUUAAUCUAUAGUCAUAUUAUAUCUUCAUUCAUAGUGAUUUAACCUGGCUCUCUUCCUCUCUCAUAUUCCGUAGAAACACAUUUAUAAAAGCCUUCUCAGCAUGUAACUUUAGCCAUCCAAAAUCCAAUUCCUUCAUCAGAAAAACAAAAAAAAAGUUUUUGAUUUAUAGAUUUUAUCCAUAGGAGUUCUCAGCUAUCUUACUUGGUGUUAGUUACUCUGGCUAGGAUCACAGAGCUCGUGUAACAACAUCUUUAUAAAAACCUUCAAAUUAUGUAAUUUAAGCUCCCAUCCCUAUAUCACAGUUCCUCAAAACCCCAAAAAGAAAAAAAAAUCUAUCUUUUGUUUUCUAAAUAAAAAAAAAAAAAAAGGGAAAGAAGCCAACCCGGUUCCGAGCUAGAAAUGCCGGAAUCUGAACCAGGAACACCGCCGGUGUCGGCUCCGGCGACGCCGGGAACUCCAGCUCCACUGUUUUCAGGACUGGUCGGAAGAGUGGACUCGCUGUCUUAUGAUCGGAAGUCAAUGCCGCGAUGCAACAAGUGCUUGCCUGUGAAUGCUCCCACGUGGGGUCAACCUCACUCGUGCUUCACCGACUUCCCUACUCCCGAUGUCUCUCUCACCCGCAAGAUUGGAGCUGAGUUCGUGGGAACAUUUAUCCUGAUGUUUGCUGCAACCGCCGGACCAAUCGUGAACCAGAAGUACGAUGGAGCAGAAUCUCUCAUCGGAAAUGCAGCAUGCGCCGGACUCGGAGUGAUGAUCGUGAUUCUUUCCACGGGCCACAUAUCUGGCGCACACUUGAACCCGUCUCUCACCAUUGCCUUUGCAUGCCUUCGCCACUUCCCAUGGACUCAAGUCCCUGCCUACAUUGCCGCUCAGGUCUCGGCGUCCAUCUGUGCUUGUUUUGCUCUCAAGGGGGUUUAUCAUCCCUUCAUGUCAGGCGGAGUGACGGUGCCAUCUGUGAGCGAUGGUCAGGCUUUUGCUCUCGAGUUCAUCAUCACGUUCAAUCUCCUGUUCGUGGUUACUGCUGUUGCCACUGAUACACGUGCGGUGGGAGAGUUGGCUGGUUUAGCUGUUGGAGCGACUGUCAUGCUCAACAUUCUUAUAGCUGGGCCAUCUAGUGGCGGUUCGAUGAACCCUGUUAGAACUCUGGGCCCUGCUGUGGCUGCCGGAAACUAUAGAGCAUUAUGGAUAUACCUGGUGGCGCCGACACUCGGUGCCCUGGCCGGAGCCGGGACCUACACCGCCGUGAAGCUUCAUGACGACGGGAUAGGAAUUCCGGCUCGUGAGGUCAGGAGCUUUCGUCGCUAAUAAGCAGGACGACCACCAGAAACCUUGUGUAUAGAUGACGAGCAUCGUGUUUCAUAAGAUGAUCGAUAUGCAACGAUGGUAUGCGAUAAUUUCUGGUUCUAAUAAUAAAGGUCUGAUAGUGGCGUGGUUGUAUCGAUUUGAUGUUGUGAUGUGAGAGGUUUGAACUAUAUAUAGACUCUCUAUAAUAAGGACAGGGGGAAAUGCAAUAGAGAAGGAUCGGAUGUGACGCAAAGUCUACGCUUUGGGAGUUUGGGGCCUUUGCCUUUCGUUGCUGUAACUCUGUAAAGUUGUGAUACUAUGUGCUAUAGCUACUGUGCUUGUGCUCAAUUAGUCUUGGUGUGUGUCUUAGCCUAUCUAUAUGUCCAUCAUCUCAGAAAGGUCCUUAUCGACGAUAGGACGUCGUCUCUGUAAAAUUUGGAUGGUAAGUGUUUGUCCGGGGACCCCGUGAGAAGACUUUGGAUUUUGGCUUUCUUUAUAUUAAUAAUGCCUUCAUCAAUGAACUGCAGAAUUAAUUGAUGGUUGUUUUGAAUUCUAGUUUUGCUAUGAAAUGUCUACUUCCAUUCA